CUACGAUUACAUGUUGUAGGCUAGUGCCAAGUAUAAUCGGAUUACGAACAUGAAGUUCCUCUUGAUAAUGUGUUUUCUGGUUGCGAGCUUAUUGUGUGUCAAAUCCGAGACAAAGGAGGACGACAAACCGGAGAUCACGAAGCUGGAAUUAGUGGAUCUCGGCGAAGGUGAGAGUGACGAUGCUGAAGAGACAGAAGUGCAUAGAAAGAGGGACUCGGGGUAUUCGUAUAAGAGACCCGGUCCGAGCGGCAGAGUCCGGUUCCAAGUGCAGUCCGGUACCAGAGGGCGUAUCGUUAAUAGACACCCCGCGCAAAUAAACCGACCCGUUACCAAAUACGGACCGCCUGGUUAUCAGAACCCAAUGAGACCUGCAUCGCACGGUCAACAGCAUCGGGAUAAAUUGCAAUUUCACGGUCAUAUCGGCCAACAGCAUUCGAACAACUUCGAUGGCCGGCCCGGCGGACUGGUGCAGCAGGAAGUUCCGAGUCCAAUCAGAGAAGUCGACUUCGCCGAGCCGAAUCCAAUAUCUACUCAAAACAACGAGCCAUUCGCGAUCCACUCGGCGAAUUAUUUACCACCGGAGAAUCAGAAGUUGCCGGAGCAUUCCACGGUGCAGAGUUUUUCACCGACUCCGGUGAGCGUUAAUCGAGGCCAGGCGAGUCUCCAUAGCCAGAACUUGGUACAGUCGCAGCAGGGACACAUAUCGGACGCGGCCCUGUUCCUUGCGCAGAACGCGCAAGCCAUACAGCAGCUGUACGGCGCGCCGGCGAACGAGCAAGACUUCGCGCCGCAGACCGACCAAUUCUUGGGGCACAAUAAUCAAGUUCCGAAUGGACAGUUCCAAAACCUCGAGAGCAGCUCGCAGAGCCCACAGAGCUUCUCAGCCCCAUUGCCGUCGUACGCGUCGGGAACCCUGAGCGCCCACGAGACCCUGGAGCAGAUACAGUCUCUCGAGAAGGACCGGUUGAUCGUGCAGUUGCAGCGAGCGCUGGCUAGUCAGACCCAAAACGCAGACGUGGCCGGUAGGUACGCUCAAAAUCAACCGAGCUUCGUCCAAAGUCAAGAUCUUCUGGCUUCCCUCGGACAGCGAAUGAAGAUUCACGGUUUAAAUACGCAACAGAGUAGCGUGAACCUCGGGAACACUGCUUUCAAUCAAUCACCUUUUUUGCUAGGGACGACGGUCGGCCCGGGGUUCCCGCUUAGCUACGGGCUGUCCACGACUACCCAGACUCCGACGACAACAACGACGACGACGACGACCAUGCAGCCCCCGGCUAAAAGCGACGGAACCGUACAAGUCGGUUCGGCCGUGCCCGCGCCGCCCCUAUCUACCUCGGGAGUUCCCGUUUAUGGCGGAUUCGUGCCUACCCUGAUCGCUGGUACGAACUUCGUCCCGACCUACGGCCCUACUUUCUUCGCGCCCGGUGCUAUUUCACCCGCGGGAUCCUCGCCCACGCAUUUCGGACUACCAAUCCCUACGAUCCCGAGCCAGAAACCUAUCUCCGGGACGCCUCCGUUGUCCACGACACCGUCGACUCCCCCGACGAAUCAGCCCGCCGUUCCUCAAUCUCCGGUUCCUGUGCAGCCAGUGGCUCCUGUUCGACCAGUGGCACCUCUGCACCCGGUCGCUCCUGUUCAACCAGUGACACCUCUGCACCCGGUCGCUCCUAUUCAACCUGCGUCGCAUCCGACGUAUGGACUGCAGACACCAGUGAUAAAUCCUGUUAUUUACAAACCUAUUAAGCCAGUCUACCCGUUCUACUAUUACCCGAACGUCGCGUACCAAGUGCACAAGUCGGCGACGUUCCCGACUCAUCCGUGGAGCUACGCGCCCACCUAUGCCCAAGCGAAGCCGACCCAAAUAUGGAAAUGACGUGCACGGCGAAUGAACAUUGUUCGCUUGAACUCGCUUGCUCGUGCGUCGAGACUGACUGUUCACCCACGAAAAAGAGAACCCGAGAGAUCAGAGAAGAAAGUGGCCGCGGUAUAUCGAGCCGGGAUAACACGGUUUGAAGGAUAACGAGACACGCUCUCGCCGCUGCGGUUCUUCGCCUAAUGUAAACCACCGUGUCGCGUGCACGUACUUAUAUUUUGCGAGGUUUUCAUUUGUUCUACUUUAUACAGAUUUUAUAUUUUUUUAAAUAAGAGAGUUGUUCUAAUGGUAAAAGGUGUUCGCAUCGUUUCGUGCGAAUAAUUUGGGUUUUCGAUUUCACAAAUGGGUGAUUGAUCAUUUUUUAUUUAUUAAGAGUUUAGUUUUAGAUAUU